GUACCGGUAGGAAGUUCAUUUCUGAAGUCCCCUAGAGUAACCGGGGAUGGAAGGAAAAAUUUGUUUUCAUCGAGUUUCCCCCCUUCGUCACUCCUUUUGCCGGUCUAAAAUGGAAUGACCAUCUUCUCGAUCAAGAGCACGCUGCACCGGCUUCCUCCCCUGACUUGGAAGCAAGUCUUGAAAUCCUUAUGCGCGGCGAUCCAUACACCGGGAGGGUCUUCCACUAUGGGAGCUGGGUUUGGCGGGUUGAAUCGGGUGGUGAGGGUACCUCCCAAGCCCAUGAAGCAGCGGGGCGCGGGAUAUAUGGAGUUCGAGGAGUUUGUCAUUCCCGAUGACCAACCAGCGGGAGAAACCGGGGGCUCCCAGGCCAACCCUACCAAAACCUUCCCGGUCAACCAAGAGACCGUGGAGAUUUUGGAUGAGGACGAACCCCAAGACAACCGGUCUAAGGGGAAGGAAAAAGAGAAGACCGGUCGUCGGACCAAGAAGGUGGCCACCAACCAUCCCUCUACCAUGAACAAGAGGCAGAGGAUAGAUCCCGGUGCGGCCCAUCAGACCGUGGAGGAGGCCUACAUCAACCUCGGUCUGCGGUUGAGGGAGGUUGGGGAGAUUGGGGCCAUCACCGCCGACCGGUUGGGAAUGGACUCUCCAACCGAGGUGGCCAGGCUGAAGAAGAGGAACGAAGAGCUGGCCCUCCUCAUAAAGAGCCAAACGGAUGAGCUGGCCAAGUUGUCAAAGAUGGCCGGAUCCUUGGGGGCAGAGAACACCCGGCUGAAGGAGGAGAACGGCCAGCUGCUGGACGAGGUCUCCGAAACAAAAAGGGAGAUGGCGGAGAAGGAAGAAAACUUCCCUGGGCGCGCAGCUGCCUAGGUUGAGGAAAAUAAGGCCGAAGUUGCCCGGGUGCUGACGGCGAGCCUCGAAGCUACCAUGGAAUCCUUCAGGCUUCUGUACCGGGAGCCUGAAGGAAAGAAGAUGAUAACGACAAUUGGGUCCUUCGGAUUCAAAAGCGGCCAGAAGAAAGACCAUGCAGCCUCCCACCGGAUCCUCCUGAAGAGAGACCCAGCCUUCACUGCGGCUUCCUAUGGCCUGGCUCCCAUCCCGG